AAAGUAACCAAAAAUUGUGCCAACUUUGCAAGGCACACACUCUUAGUCUUGCCCGCGGUAUAUAACGGAGAGUGUUAAGCGACUAGUCGAUUAAGCGAUCGGAGAAGACUUAUCGCAAUCGCAGCCAAAAUCGCUCAAUUAGAUGAUGACGAGUAAUUACAGUGUAGGAAUGGAGACUUUGUUACAGCAGCACCUGAUUUCUCCGGCCGGCGCAAGUCCGGGAAAGGAACAACAAGCCGCCGGCGUCGGUAUUCUUCUUCAGAUUAUGAUGCUCGUUCUCUCCUUCGUCCUCGGCCACGUCCUUCGCCGUCACCGCUUCUAUUAUCUCCCGGAAGCUAGCGCCUCUCUUUUGAUCGGUUUGAUUGUUGGUGGACUAGCUAAUGUUUCUAAUACCGAAACUAAUAUUAGGGCGUGGUUCAAUUUCCACGAGGAGUUCUUUUUCCUUUUCCUGCUGCCUCCUAUUAUAUUUCAGUCGGGUUUCAGUCUAGCACCCAAACCAUUUUUUUCUAAUUUUGGAGCCAUUGUCACUUUUGCAAUUCUUGGAACUUUAAUAUCUUCUAUUGUUACAGGCAUCCUAGUAUACAUUGGUGGGGUGACAUAUCUCAUGUAUAGACUCCCAUUUGUUGAAUGCCUUAUGUUUGGCGCUCUUAUAUCAGCAACAGACCCCGUCACUGUUCUGUCAAUAUUUCAGGAGCUUGGCACAGACACUAAUCUGUAUGCUCUGGUCUUUGGAGAGUCUGUUUUAAAUGAUGCAAUGGCAAUUUCGCUAUACAGGACUAUGUCGCUGGUAAGAAGUCAUGCAUCAUCUGGGCAGAAUUUCUUUGUGGUCAUUCUCAGAUUUCUCGAGACGUUUGUUGGUUCGAUGUCAGCAGGUGUUGGAGUUGGAUUCAUGUCUGCUUUGCUUUUCAAGUAUGCAGGACUGGACAUUGACAAUCUUCAGAACUUGGAGUGCUGUCUUUUUGUGCUAUUCCCAUAUUUCUCGUACAUGCUUGCAGAAGGACUUGGUUUGUCGGGUAUAGUGUCAAUAUUGUUCACUGGAAUUGUUAUGAAGCAUUAUACCUACUCAAAUUUGUCUGACAAUUCUCAACGAUUUGUAUCUGCAUUUUUCCACCUGAUAUCAUCAUUGGCGGAAACUUUUGUAUUUAUAUACAUGGGUUUUGAUAUUGCAAUGGAACAACAUAGUUGGUCCCACAUCGGCUUCAUCUUUUUCUCAGUUAUAUCGAUUGGAGUUGCCAGAGCAGCAAAUGUGUUUUCGUGUGCAUAUUUGGUGAAUAUGGUUCGACCUCCUAAUCGAAAGAUACCUUCAAAGCAUCAAAAAGCACUGUGGUACAGUGGACUUCGAGGAGCUAUGGCCUUUGCCCUGGCCUUGCAAUCAAUUCAUGAUCUUCCAGAAGGGCAUGGUCAGACAAUAUUCUCAGCCACUACUGCAAUAGUUGUCCUUACGGUACUACUGAUUGGAGGAUCGACAGGUACCAUGCUGGAAGCCUUGGAAGUUGUAGGUGAUGGGCACGAUGCACAUGAUGGGGCCUUAGUUGAAAGCUUUGAUGAACCUAAUGGCUACAUAGCGCCUUCAUAUGGCGGCGAAUCAUCAUCGGGGAACAAGCUGAAGAUGAAGCUUAAAGAAUUUCACAAAAGUGCUGCGUCAUUUACAGCAUUGGAUAGAAAUUAUCUUACUCCAUUUUUUACAAGUCAAGGUGGGGAGGAUGAUGAAGAAGCAGAGGAGCUCAUGCCCAGCCCAAGAAGGUGAGGAGGUUACCAGUACAGGAGCAAAUGACUUAUUCCGACAUAGUGAAAGGCAUUUGCACAACGUGUGCAACUAAUCAUGUAAAAAGGGUUUUCAUAGUUUGCUGAAUGCCAUCUUUUUCACCUUCGGUUUAUAGUUGCAGAAAAGUCGACGAGAAUAGAUUUUAGUUUUAGUCUACAAGGCUCAAGGCAGGAUAGCCAGAUAUCUAGAAAGCCGGAAAAUUGUCAGUCAUGUACAUGGUAUUAAGGCUAGGGGUAAAAACUUUAAAGAAAAUUUGAAAGUGAUGUAAAAUUGUUCCCAUUAUUCUAUUAUUACUUGUAGCAUGGUCAAAAGCGAGGUUAACCACUUACAGAAGGCAAAAGAUCUCACUGCAAUUCCAAGAAGAUGGCAACUCUGGUCCUGAAUAAAAAGAACUGUAUAUGCUAAUUUCACUUUUCUACAGAUGCAAUUCUUGAUACACUGGUUAUAAUUUCAGGAAUUAUUAUGUUUAUUAUA